UGUGUUUCUCAGCUGAAAAUUUAUAGAUAUACCCUCAUAUACCCUUUCCCAUCUCACAUCUGAGAAUCUUCGUUCAUCAAUGGAAGAAUCAUCCAAUGUUGUUGAAGCCAAGGAUGGAACAAUAUCAGUUGCCUCUGCAUUUGCAGGCCACCAAGAAGCUGUACAGAAUAGAGAUCAUAAAUUUUUAACAAGAGCAGUUGAAGAAGCUUAUAAAGGUGUAGAAUGUGGGCAUGGAGGUCCAUUUGGUGCUGUUGUUGUUUGCAAUGACGAAGUUCUUGUUAGUUGCCAUAAUAUGGUGUUGAACAAUACUGACCCUACUGCUCAUGCAGAGGUGACAGCUAUAAGAGAGGCAUGUAAAAAGCUGAACCGUAUUGAACUGUCAGACUGUGAAAUAUACGCAUCUUGUGAGCCAUGCCCAAUGUGCUUUGGUGCUAUACAUCUUUCACGACUUAAGAGGCUUGUUUAUGGAGCCAAAGCUGAGGCUGCCAUUGCCAUUGGAUUUGAUGAUUUUAUUGCAGAUGCUUUAAGAGGUACCGGCGUCUAUCAAAAGGCUAACUUGGAAAUAAAGCAAGCUGAUGGCAAUGGGGCCAUUAUUGCAGAGCAAGUGUUCGAGAAAACGAAAACAAAGUUUACUCUUUAUUGAGCAGAAGAAAGGAGAGCCCCAUGCUACAUUUUCCAGCCUUACACAUUACUAUCAGAGAAACGCUAGAAUCAAACACUUCGAUCACAAAAUACACAACCCUGCUAUUUGUGCACCUCACCAAGUGAAUAAAAUGAUACUAAAUAAUUAAAAAGUAAACAUUUAAAUACACAAAUGGUAAGUUUGUAUAUUUUGUGAUCAAAGUGUUUGUGACUCUAGCAUUGCUCUUACUAUUAUCCUGCAUUUCUUCAGGACAUUAAAAUCCAAUGCGCAUUUAAAUUGAGUGUGCAUACAUUCCUUGAAAGUACACAAUACCAUAAAUGUGUGGUUUUAUGUUCAUUUAACAAUUUAAUGACAAGUGCUCCCAGACACUAUUGAUGUUUCU